CGUUCGCGGCGGCGGCGGGCAAGCGGGGCGCAGCCGCUGGCGGGCCCCGGGCGCAGGCCGUGGGCCAUGUCCGAGAGCGGCGGCGGCGGUGGGGCCGCUCCGGGCGGGGGAGGCGGCGGAGCGGGCGGCGGAGGGGGCGCGGGCGGCGCGGCCUCCGGCUCGGGGCCUGGCGCCACCGACCCUGCCUCGCUGCCGCCCGGCGACCCGCAGCUUAUCGCCAUCAUCGUGGAGCAGCUCAAGAGCCGCGGUCUGUUCGACGGGUUCCGCCGGGACUGCCUGGCCGACGUGGACACCAAGCCAGCCUAUCAAAAUUUGAGACAGAAAGUAGACAACUUUGUAUCGACCCACCUGGACAAACAGGAAUGGAAUCCAGCAAUGAACAAAAACCAGUUACGAAAUGGGCUAAGGCAGAGUGUGAUUCAGUCAGGAAUGCUGGAAGCUGGAGUGGACAGAAUUAUUUCUCAGGUGGUGGAUCCAAAACUAAACCACAUCUUCAGGCCCCAGAUAGAGAGGGCGAUUCAUGAGUUUUUGGCCGCACAAAAGAAAGAGGAAAGUGUGCCAGCUCCUCCUCCAGAGCCUGAGAAUAAGGAUCCUCCUGCUCCAUCUCAGGAUGCCUCCUAAAGUGAGUUCCUGGUACUUAGCUGCUGCAGUUGCAAAAUACGUAUCCUGUUAGAUUGGCAAUGGAUUACUUGUUCCAUUUGGCCCAGGACUGCUGUCUGCCAAAGAUGAUUAACUUUUAUCAGACCUGUGGGAAGGCAGUGAAAUUCAGACACCCCUGGAGUUCUGCGUGCAGAGGGGCAGUGAAAAUGUGAAGAUAUUUUUGCUAUUAGCAGCAAUACAGAAUGCAGCACGUGUUCCUGUUAGUGUUCUUGUUAGUUGUGCCUUUAGGCAAGGGGGUGGGAAGAAAAACAGAGUUGGCUUUUUGUCUGGAGGGAGCAGGGAAUUGGUCUGAGAUGAUACUAGACUUGGGAACAGGAAGAAAAGAAAGAUGUUUUGGGGGGGUGGGGUAGUCUCUUGGUGACCAAGUAAGAGCUGACAGAUUUUCUGUGAUAUGAGCCAGACUAGAGGAAGUGUUAUACACCUGUGUUUGCAUAGAUGCCAAUUCAGGUGUAACUCCUUGCCUGCUUUAGGAAAGACAUUUCCUGUUUAAAACUGGAAGGAACACUUCAGGAUCAAUUAUCUAUACAAUUUUUAUUGUAUCGCAGGAAGAUGUUUACAGUUGGCUAUGACUAUAGCUGAUUUAAUUCUUAUUUCCUAGGGAACUCUGGGAAGCAAGGGGCACCAGUGUCGGUGAUCGGUUCAAAACUUGUCUCUUUCAACCUGAAAGACUUUUCUUUCCCGUGAUAUUUCUCAGGUGCCUAGUGGAAACUGUCCUAUGCUUUCAACUUGAAUGCAUGCAGUGUCCUCUGGAUGACAGUCAAGUAGAGAAUGUGAUCAAAUAUUCUGCCAGCAAAUGUCCACAUCUUUUACAAUAAAAGACUUCAAAAAGCA